AUGUGGCGAGUGCGUUCCCCGCUCGGCGUUUCGGCGCGAUCUGCCCGUGUCUGGAGACCAUCACCAGAGCGUGACGAGCCAUUGGAAAGCAAGCGCCAGCGUUUUGCCGCCUGGUCCCCGCGCUCCAUCCGCCGCCUCUUCGCCCUCUGCGCCUCCAUCUCCACCUCAAUCCACCCGCAAUCCGAGAAUGCGAAGCCGUUCACCAUGGUGAAGUUCUACGACAGCUCCUUCAGCUACGACUACUCUUUUCCCGCCGUCACUCUCGCCUACUUCCUCCGCUACCCGAACCCUUACUCCACCCAUGUGCUCUCCACCGAUGUCAUCGAGCGCCGCUUUGACCCGGACACCCAGGAGCUGCACACGGUGCGCCUGCACCUGAAGCGCUCCAAGCUGCCUGGCGCCGUGCUGAAGAUCAUUCCGCGCUCGCUGCUGGGCGCCUCCAAUGCCGGCGACACGCAGAGUUACAUCCUCGAGCACAGCGUCGUCAACAUCCGCGAGGGCUGGAUGGACACCAUCAGCCAGAACCUCGAGUGGACCGGUGUGCUCAGUGUUGUCGAGCGCCAGGUCUUCCGCCGGCCUGCCGACAUUUUCCGCAACAAUAGGUGCGAGAAGAGCGCCGCCGCCCACGGCCUGCUGGACGCGGGUCCCAACGAGACCACAGACGUCGAGACAUCAGUCACUCUACACUCCAAAAUUGGCGAGAACAUCCGGAAGAGGCGUGCCGCCAGGGCUGCCGCCGAUGCGAAGGCUGCCGAGCUCGAGGAAGAGCAGCCCGCCAAGGUUGGCUUUUUCAAGUCCUGGUCGACCGCUUCCAUUCAGCGGUCCAUCGAGCUCAUCGGCCUCAGGCGUGCCGAGAAGAGCCAGCCGAAUGCCAAGGAAGGCAUGAAGAUUGUGCUGCAGCGCAUGCGGCAGGGAGGCCUGGUCGGCGUGUUGGAGGGCAUGCGCCAGGACCGCGAGAAGAUCCUCGUGGGACGCAACGACGUCAACGAUCGUUCAUAA